CAGCGAUGUGAGGGCCGGCGCCCGAUAGAUGGUGGUGAGGACUCACGUUGGGAUGCGGGGCUUCGAGCUGACAUCCCGGAAUUUCACGGUAGUGUUGAGCCCGGUGACUUUGUUGAUUGGUGGGCCGCUGUGGAAUCGGUAUUGGCAUUCAAGGCGGUCCCGGAAGAUAAGCGUGUCGCAUUCGUUGCUACUCGUUUUCGUGGUAGGGCGGCAACUUGGUGGAUGCAUAUUACGAGCAUGCGGCAUCGUCAAGGGAAAUCACCAAUUAUUUCUUGGAUGAAAUUUCGCAAGUAUGUAGAGGAUGAGUUUUUGCCUGUUAAUUACGAUAGUGUCGUGUAUCAGCAGCUACAUAACUUAAGACAGGGAACUCGUUCUGUGGAUGACUACACUAACGAGUUUUAUCAGCUAUUGAAUCGAGUUGAAGUACACGAGACUAAGUCUCAGUUGAUUUCGCGAUAUGUCAGUGGGUUGAGGGUGGCUAUACAGGACAUGUUGAAUAUAGUCAAGCCGGAAUCCGUUUCUGAUGCCCAUCAACGGGCCCGUCUUGUUGAACAACAAUUGGCCAGGAGAACAAGCUCGACUUUUCCUUUGUCCACACGGUCAGGACCAGCAACCGGGGGAAUGCAACAACCAGGCCGCAAUUUGCCGUCUUCCGGAGGUGGCGCAGGCCAUCUUACCACACCUGGGCGUUUUCCUUUGGCCGGGUCAGGCAACCAGCGACAGCCGGGCAUUGGCGGACCUCCUCCAGCGGCGGCCGGUGUUCGUUCGGGUAGCGGGCUACGGUGUUUUAGUUGUGGCGAGUAUGGACAUCGCCAAUCGGCCUGUCCACGAGGCUCGACAUCUCGUGGUUUAUUUAUUGAGGACGGUGGCGAACAGGAGGUGGCUGCAGAUUAUGAUUAUGAUGGACCUCCUGUUUUUGAUACUGAGCCCGGAUUGAGCGAGGAACAUCACAACGGGGACGUAGGCUCGACACUUGUUAUUCGACGGGUGUGUUUGACACCUCAUUCACCUGUUGAUGAACCUGUGGAGCGCCAUCAGAUUUUCGAGUCCUCGUGCACCAUUGGUGACAAGGUAUGCCGCUUUAUUAUUGAUCCUGGUUCUUCUGAGAAUGUUAUUUCACAGGAAGCGGUGGCGAAAUUGGGGCUUUCGAGCGAGCCCCAUCCACACCCUUACAAAUUGGCAUGGAACCACCGUGAUCGUGCUAUUACUGUUGACCGCCGGGCUCUUGUUUCUUUGGCGAUUGGGGCUACAUACCGGGACCAAGUCUGGUGUGAUGUGGUGCCCAUGGAUGCAUGCCACUUAUUACUUGGCAGGCCAUGGCAGUAUGACUUGGCUGCUACUCUUGACUGCAGACGUAACACUUACAGCUUCACCUUCGCCGGGGUUCGAAUUGUUUUGCAUCCUAGUCCUCCACGUCAUUCCCCUUCAGCGGGUUCUUCGACU